UGUACUCCUUAUGCAUUGGAGACAUAGAUACAGAGAUACUCCACUGUGUUCUGGCAACGGUGGAGGUGCUUAGCUGGUAACGUUACGGGAGGAGGAAGGCACUGAAGAGAAGGCGUUCUUCUUUGUUGUAGAGCAUCGGCAGUCAGCCACUGCCAGCUGCCAAAGGCGAUCAGUGAGGAAGUUUCAGUUCAUGCAUGCCUAGCCCGGCGUUCCGUACCAAAAUAUGUUCUCCGGGAGAAGGCUUGGCUGGUGAACAGCUACUCGAUUCAUGAAGGAAUAUUGUUUUUACCUUGUUCCAAGCGUGCAUGUGCUGGGGAGUGAUUCUUAUUGGUUCUCUUCUGUUUUGGAAAGCCUGAGGUUGCAUCGAUCGAGGUGUCUUUGGAGAUACUUCUGCUGCAGGGAGUACUUUAAGAAAGGAAGGACUCCUGUGACUUCUGCCUAUCCUCCGUGAAUUACUCAUUCCUUUCAACUCUGCCUGCAGUUGCACACAAAGACUUGGAGGAGGAAACUCCCACGUCCUCGAGGAGAAGAAAGGAGGCGGCGAAGCAGAUUAAAGGAACUUGUGGCUCGUGGCCCUUUUGCGCCAGGGCUGCCUGGACCUGGACCGGGGGAAAGUGAGUGUCAAGCCACAGUGGCGGUGCAUGGGCUGUGAGAUGAGGCGCUGCCGCCGCCGCUGCCGCUGCUGCCGCUACUGCUGCUGCUGACACUCAGGUUCCCGGGUCCGUCCGCUGCCCUUUGUGCUUCGUGUACAUGUGUCUAUUCAGCGCAUCCGGAGGCGCCCAGCAGAGAAUCCAACACGGCCGCCGGGGAGAGACCACCCACCAUGCCCACGGAGACCCUACAGACAGGUAGCAUGGUGAAGCCGGUCAGCCCCGCGGGCACCUUCACCUCGGCGGUGCCCCUGCGCAUCCUCAACAAGGGGCCCGACUACUUCCGCAGGCAGGCGGAGCCAAACCCCAAAAGACUCAGCGCCGUGGAGAGGCUGGAGGCCGACAAGGCCAAGUAUGUCAAGAGCCAGGAGGUCAUCAACGCCAAGCAGGAGCCCGUGAAGCCGGCCGUGCUGGCCAAGCCCCCCGUGUGCCCCGGCGCCAAGCGCGCGCUGGGCAGCCCCACGCUCCGAGUGUUCGGGCCCAACGCCAAGACCGAGAGCGGCGUGCACAGGGAGACCCUGAAGCUCGAGAUCCUGAAGAACAUCAUCAACAGCUCGGAAGGCUCCAGCUCCGGCUCCGGGCACAAGCACAGCUCCCGCAACUGGCCUCCGCACCGGCCCGACGCCACCGACCUGCACCGACACUCCUUCGCCGAGUCCCUGAAGGUCUACCCGACGCAGGGCCGGGGCAGCCCGCAGGAGAGCAGCUCCCACGUGGGCAGGAGGCUGCUGGAGCAGACCGCCGAGUCCUUCCUGCACGUCUCCCACAGCUCCUCGGACAUCCGCAAAGUGACCAGUGUGAAGCCCCUGAAGGCGAUCCCCUGCAGUAGUUCCGCCCCUCCCCUGCCUCCCAAACCCAAGGUUGCAGCCAUCGCCCCCAUGAAGUCCCCCGACGCCGACCCGGCGGAGCCGGCCUGCGGAGUCAGCCGGAGACCCUCCCUCCAGCGGUCGAAGUCGGACUUGAGUGACAGGUACUUCCGCGUGGACGCAGACGUGGAGAGGUUCUUCAACUACUGCGGACUGGACCCCGAGGAGCUGGAAAACCUGGGCAUGGAAAACUUUGCCAGGGCUAAUUCUGACAUCAUAUCCCUCAACUUCCGCAGUGCAAGCAUGAUCAGCUCGGACUGUGAACAGUCGCAGGACAGUAACAGUGACCUUAGAAACGAGGACAGUGCCAAUGACCGGGUGCCAUACGGCAUUUCUGCGAUCGAAAGGAAUGCCAGGAUCAUCAAGUGGUUAUAUAGCAUCAAACAAGCUAGAGAGUCCCAGAAGGUCUCCCACGUGUAAGAGACAGUGCGCGUGUGCGAAGGAGGGAGGGGGUGGGUCUCUUGUCUGUGCAUCUGCCGUUGUGAAGGUCGUGAGGUCUCCUUGAAGUGUUGUGAGCUUCUCCGCUCUCUUUGUGUUGCUUGUUGUGCAAUGUUUUCAAGUUGCAUGCCUGUCAACAUGGGGACUGACCUGGCGUCCCGGUCAACCAUCGCUGCAGAGCCUGGCUGAACACACGUCCCCUGCCAAAAAGUUUCAGGCCGGAAUCGGAUUAGGGCUUUGAUCUCAAGCAAAACUGUUUACACCCGAAAACGGUAUACAACUUCUUCAAUAUUUAUGUGGUUCUUGUGUUUUCUAUCCUGCGCUAUUGUGUCUUAAUUAAAAGUUUUAUCAACUGGCUUUUAAGUUGAGAAGAGCAUCUUUUUGAAACAAAAAGCCACUUUGCCUACGUGUGACACCAAAAACACGAGGGAAAUAAAUGGAACCUGCUAACCAAACUGAUAGAGUCACUGACCUAAGAUAGAGAACCAGGCUGGGUUUUCUGAGGAAAGAAAGUGGUGAGCCUGAUGUUAACUCCUUACAUACUGCAAUUCUCUUGCCCCUUGCUGAAGUAAUGGUUGGGCAACAAUGCUACGUCCUGGGCCCUAUUUAGUGUGUAAAUAAACAUUGGUGGCUCUGUGUAAUACUGACCCCAAGGAAAGACAAUCAGAUACAAUGAAGGUGAUUAUAUCUAGGGGGUUGAAUGUCUGGGGUUUUGUUGAUAUCCUUCUGAUUUGGGUUGAUUCAGAAGUUUCUACUAUUAAUCUUUUGACAGGAAUGGCCACUCUGAAGUUGUUACUCAAUGUCUUUAAAUUUGGGGGGGUUUAUUUUUGGUCAAUAACUAAUUCCAUGCUGAUUCUCUUCCCUCCCUCCUUCCCUUCCUUUGUUGUUUUAUUUGGGAGAGAGGACAAGGGAGUGGGGCUUGUGCAGGUCUGUGCUAUCUGAAGACACGAAUCCACACGGAAAUACCAGCCAUAUUAGUAUCGAGUCUCCUAUUCAAUAGUGAAUGCCUUGGGUAGCUGAAUCAUAUCUGAGCAGUGUGGUUGUGUGGUCUUGCCUAUGUUAUUCGCUCAGGCUCUGGGCCUUUGUUACAACCCUAGGAAACUAGAAACACGACACUAUAGAGUGUCCCCCCCCCACCCCAUGGUCUCUAGUGCUACAUAUCAACUCAUUCCCUUUCCCCGCCAAUAACCUGUCUUCCAGUUAGCUGUCAACCAGCUGACAGUUGUGGUGUGGUAGCAAGAGGUACACAUGCAGUGGUCUGCUUCAUUGCUCUUGUAGUUAUGCUCUGAAAUUCAGGAGCACUACCUUAGACUUUGUCAGCUAAUAAGAAACUUUUUAUGGUGUAAAUGCUGUAAGACUUUGUACAUACUUCAGUUGUUAUGAAAACUUGAAGAAAACAAAGGAAAACUUAUGCUAAUAAAUAGCUCUGGUGCAGGCAC